AUGUCCUUGGUGGUGAAGGAGAAGAACCACGUCCGGUUGGUCUUCUUGGGCGCUGCUGGCGUGGGCAAAACAGCCCUCAUCCGCCGCUUCCUGAUGGACACCUUUGAGCCCAAGCACCGGCGCACGGUGGAGGAGCUGCACAGCAAGGAGUAUGAGGUGAGCGGCGCCACGGUCAAGGUGGAAAUCCUGGACACUAGUGGCAGCUACUCCUUCUUUGCCCUGGUCUACGCCGUAGACGAUGCCGAGUCCUUUGAGAGCGUCAAGAGUCUGCGGGAAGAGAUCCUGGAGGUGAAGGAAGACAAGUUCCCUCCCAUCGUGGUGGUUGGCAACAAGGCGGAGAGCGGUGGUGAGCGGCAGGUGCCGGUGGAGGACGCCCUCUCACUGGUGGAGCUGGACUGGAACAGCCGCUUCGUGGAGACGUCGGCCAAAGACAACAAGAACGUCCUGGAGGUCUUCAGGGAGCUGCUGCAGCAAGCCAACACGCCCAGCCGGCUCAGCCCGGCGCUCUGCAAGAGGAGGGAGACGUUGCCCAAGGAGCAGGCACUGAGGCCUCCCAUGAACAAGACCAACAGCUGCUCGGUGUGCUGA